AGCUAUGUUGACUGUGUGUUCAUUUGUGUUGUCAGUUAAUAUCAACGCUCCAUCAAGAGCACACGUCCAAAUUAAAUAAAUAUUAUAUUAUAGAUUACGCUGUUACCAGUUUGUUUAAAAGUUUUGCUUUUUGAUACAUUCCGUCAUCUUCUUUUUCAAUAUGCCGCUAAAAUUAUAUAAAAUGGACGUGAGUCCGCCCGCUUGCGCCGCCAUGAUGAUUUGCGAAAUCCAUAAUGUACCCGUUGAGAUGAUUGAAUUGAAUCUUAUGGAAAAGGAACACUUGACGCCUGAGUAUAUAAAGAAAAACCCAUUGCAUACUGUUCCUAUGCUAGAAGAUGGUGAUUUGUAUAUACAUGAUAGCCACGCCAUUCUAACAUACGUAACGGAUAAGUAUGGCAAAGAUGACUCCCUAUAUCCCAAAGAUUUAAAGAAAAGAGCACUGGUAGACCAAAAGAUGUAUUUUGAUGUGUGGUUUUUCUUGCGUGUGAGGAAUGUAACGUAUCCGGCAAUCUUUGAGGGGGUUAGUCAGCCACCGGAGAAGGUAUUGAAUGCAGUACGCGAAGCCUACGACAACAUUGAAACAUUCCUCACCCACACUAAGUUUAUUGCGGCCGACCACAUGACUGUUGCCGAUGUAGCUGUAGCCUCUACAGCCUCGACCUCACGUUACGUCAUCCCAAUUGAUGACAAGAAGUACCCUAAAAUGCAUGCGUGGUUCUCGUAUAUGGAAAAGCAGCCUUUCUUCCAAAAACGAACUGCAGCAGGCUCAGCGAAACUUAAGGAAAUCCUACAGCAGCAUUUAGGCUGUAAAUUAGUUUAGAUGUGAUUCUUAAUUAAAACAUAUUAACACAUAAAUAAAUUAUGAAUUUUA